CAGCAACAGCCGGGACGCGUCGGAGCGGGGCCGCUGCUCACGGGGCCGCACGCCCCCGGCCCGGCUAGCUCUCGGCAGGAGGGGGUGUCCGCCGGGCGCGGGGUCCCCGCUCCCCGCCGCUGUUUACGGCCUCAGGCCCGCGGGGGGCGGGCGGCGCGCCCCGCCAGCUGCCGGUGUCCUGAGGGCCGCCGCGCAGGGGCCCAUGUCCCGCUGCCGGCCUGCCCCGACCCCCCGCCCGCCGGCUCGCCCGCGGGGGGGUCGGGAAAGGCGGCCGCCCCGCUGCCGCCGCCGCCGCCUUUAGGCCCAGAAGUCCAUGCCCCGCCGCUCCGCCUGUCCCGCUUCGGCCCGAGCUAGAGCGGGGCGCGGCGGCCCGGCCUGCCGGCGAGGCCCCGGGUGGGCUCGGUCCGCUCGGCUGCGGAGCCGGCGGCUUUCGGCCUGCGCGCGCCUCAGUACCGGCCCUGUCUGGGGCAAAGUCCCGCUCCUGCCGCCGCUCUCGGCCCGGUUCCGGCCCAACUGCGCUGCUGCGAGGCGGGAGCGGCUCGUCCCGGAGGAGCCCGUGCCGUGCUGCGCCGAGCCGGGCCGGGCAGGCUCCGCGCUCGCCCCUCCCCCGCGCCGCCUCCCCGCACUCCCCCCGCGCUUUCGGGGGGCUCGUACCUCACAGCCGCCUCACAACCUCCCCGCCCCUCCUGCCGUAUCCUUCCGCCGGCGCUCCGCCCGCCCGACCCCUCCGCCGGCAGCAGGCCGCCCCUCCUCCUUCCCGCCCUGCGGGCCGCCACUCCUCUUCCUCUGGGGCCGCGGGUCUGCUUCCUUCCCCCUUCAGGAGGGGACCGGGAAGAGGUUUCCCUUCACCGCCCCAUGCAGCCCCUUCUCCGGGGAUCGCCUGGGGCUGGUCUCCGGCGAGCACACGUCAGCUCCGCAUCCCCCCCGCCUCUCCUCAGGGCUCCCAGCGAGCCGCCGUGCCCGCCCCGGCCUGCCCCGGCUGAGGGCGGAGGAACGCGGGCGCCAGGCCGGGCUCCUCCGCGCUCUCUGGCCCCGGCCGCCACAGCCUCAGCCUUCGCCAGGGAGAAGCACCUGUCUCAACUCCACAUGCUUUUGAACAGCAGAGCCUGUUUCUGACAAUGGAUGAACAGUAUGAAGCUGUAACAGAUCAGAAGCCCGGGUUCUAGAUACAUUACCUAAUCCUAAAAUCUCUUCCCAACACAAGGGGCUAUAAAGUCCUCAGCCUGAAUUUAUUUAUACUACCCUCAAAGAGACGUAGAUUCUAGAAGCAGAAAGUGCACAGUGACCUCACCAGCCUGUGUCUUCAGGGCAAAGCACCAAUGUCACAGAAUGCCUGAAUGGUGGGGUUGGAAGGGCUCUGCAGAGCUCAUCCAGUCCAAACCCCUCCUAAAGCAGGUUCCUCUCGAUCAAGGGGCACUGGAAUGUGUCCAGGUGGGUUUGGAAACCUGAGAAGGAGCCUCCACACUCUCCCUGGGCAGCCUGGGCCAGGGCUCCCUCACCUCAACACCAAACAAGUUUCUCCUCAUGUUCCAGAGGAACUUCCUGUGUUCCAGCUUGUGCCUUGUCCUGACAUGGGCCACCACGGAAAAACGACUGGCUUCAUCCUCUUGACACCUGUCCAUCAAGUGCCCCCUCAGCCUUUUCUUCUCCAGGCUGAACAGCCCCAGGUCCCGCAGCUUUCCAGUCCCCUCCGGAAGAGGCUGGCUGACUGCAAACGGUGUCCCCGCGGCUCCUCGGCAGAGCCCCGUUCAGCUCUCGGCAGAGCAGCCGCGGCUCACCGGGGAGCUGUUGCCAUCUGCUGGGACCGACCCGCACGGCACCUCUCGGCCCGCCCGCCCCACAGCAGCUCCGCACUGAUGGCUGCUCAAAGCGCGGAGCUUUGGGAUGCUCUGCUUCACUGUGAUCUGGCUACAACCUGCUUCAGAAAUCAACAGGAGCAAUCCCACGGCCACUGAUGGACUAAUCUGAAAUUCUAAUCUGAAAACAACCCAACAAACCCUCAUAGAUUUGUGCUGUGCUCCACGUUGUUAGGCCAUUUCAAAGCCUUUAACCAUCUCGUACCUUAAAAUAGGAGCAUGGUUUGCUACCUACAGCCAGGCAGCUUGUUCCACAUCCAGUUCACUGGAAAUGCAUACAGGCCUGGUCUGUGCUUUUAGGUCACCACUUGGACACAAAUGCAAUACUUUGCUGACUUUGUGGAGGCACAGCUAGCCUAAUCUAUCAGAGCUUCGACUGUCACAGCUUAUUACAGUUCCUAAACCCAGAUAAUCCACAUCACAGUAAGCAUUUUUAUAGCACUAAGCUUUCUUUCCAUAUCAGCAUAAUUAAAGCAGCAACCUUUGUAAGGACAGAUGAAGCUGCUGUACAUGGUCUUGAGCUUCCUUCUUGGUCUCUGCUAGAAACAAUGUCCUCUGAUUGGAAGGAGGAUUUAAAAAAAGUAUUUGUUAUCAGGGUAAAACCUAAAAAUAUGUCAAAUUACAUUAUUUCUCAUAGCAUUUGAGGAUGAUCACUUACACUAAACACACCUUAACUUUCUGACAUGACACACAAUUCAAAUAAGAACAUAAUACAAGCAUUACUGAAAAUCUGUAACAUUUGAGAAGCUACAGAAACCAGAACUUUCUAUUUCCUAUACAAAAGUAACUACCAGUAAAUCGUUCAUUCUUUGCAAAAGCUUUUCCAUACAUCUUGAUCUGUUCGGUUCCUUCUUAAAGUAAUUUUCUAAAGAUCCCUUCGGUUGCCAACUUACCAGCUGCCAAACUCUCCCUGUAACUUAAGGGAAAUGGGGCAAAGCCACCAACAGCUAACAUCUUCUCUUAAACUGCUUUGCUAGAGCACAUAUUGAAGCUGACUCGGAAAGAAAAAAAGUGCUGGUAUAUUGGUAUAACCAAAAAAGAGUCUCUCGCUGCCCAGAACGUACUUCUGCAAAACAAAGAUAAUGCUGACUGAGUCUGUCUCCAUCUCUGAAAUGUGAUUUCUUUGGAAAUGGCAGCAGACGUGUUGUUUUACUUCCAGCCAAGCUAUACAAGCUUAAAACUUUCUCAUCUUUUUUGUCCAGGAAACAGACUUGCUGACAGCAUUGGUAUUAGUCUAAUAGCAGGCUCCAGAGACUUAAAAUGCUAUGCCUUUAUAUAUGAGUGCUUGGACUACUGCUGCAAGAGAAUAAAGCCUUGAAUAUUCUAAAAUUGCAA